AUGGCAGGGCCCUCAGGGAAGUACCCGCGCCGGCCCAGUAGGCUAACGGCAGGCGCCUUCCCAGGAGAGCCCGGCGGGCAAAGGCGCCUGGCAGGGAGCGCUCCCGGCGCCCUGCCACUGCCUGCGGGGACCGAGCGCCGCCACGCGAGGGGGCGGCGCCCCCGUGCCAAACCCGGACUGUCUGGUGACGGUUGGGGCUCCUUCUGCCCGGCAUUGCGCCCCUUCGGCAGAAGGCUGCCUAAGAGCCCAGAAUCAGCCAAGAAGCUCCCUGCCCGCCCCAAGAUCCAGCUACGGAGACCCCAGCCAGCAACCUGCCAAUGCGCCCCGUACCCUGGCCUCGUCUCUGGCGCGCAAGACCCGGGAGAACGCCCCCAUCCCAGCCCAACUCCCCAGCCCUGCUCGCCUGGUACCCGCCUUUCCAGUCUCCCUCCCGCCCCCCCCCACCUCCGCCACCGAGUUAUCUCCUGCCGCCGGCCCUUAGCCAAAGCUCCACACACACCCCCCCAGCCAGACCCUCAGAGGCUGGGUCCACCUCCCCGCCGCGAUCCUCAUCUCCCGCCCGGUCAAGCCGCAGAGAGCAGGGCAGCCGGCGGCGCCGCCGGGGAACUCACCCGCUCUCCCGAGCCCUGCCCCGGGCGGCUCCCGGCCCUGGCUCGGUCCUUCCGUCCCCGAGCCGCAGCUGCUGGUGCGGCGACAGAAGCCAGCUCUGCACGGCCGCCGGCCUCCGCGCCGCCCCUCGGCUCCUCCCCCGAGGCGGGGCCUGAGCUCGCGGGAAGGGGGUGGGCACGCUCUCGACUCGACCUGGACGGCACCCGAGCUGCCGGCAAGGGUCUCCUAUCACCCUCCACCACCACCUUUGAGCAGCUAGAAAUUGAAGGCAGAUGA